AUGUUAGGGCAACAGUGCCAGUGCGGCCCUCCACCAGCAUAUUGUGAACGAGGGCUCCCUGGUCCACCAGGAGAGCCUGGAGAACCAGGGCCUGAUGGCGAAGCUGGCUUGGAUGGACAACCUGGAAUUGCCGGGAUCAAAUUUAUGACCGAUGUGUUCCCUAUGAUGAAAGACUGUGUAAAGUGCCCACAGGGGACGGUUGGACCUCGAGGGCCAGAGGGACCUGCCGGUCCUUCAGGAUCUGUUGGGUUGCCUGGUAGAGAUGGAAAAUUUGGUGCGCCUGGUGCCGCUGGACCGUCAGGGCCACCUGGAGAUGUCGGAGAACGUGGAUCACCAGGUGCACCUGGGGCAGAUGGUCAAGCUGGUGCUCCUGGAUUUAUGAAUUUGUCUGGACCGCGUGGACCGGCUGGUUCACCUGGAGCGUCGGGUGCUGCUGGGCUUCCAGGAGCUCCUGGAAUCGAUGCGGGGCCUGGAGUCGCUGGACCUGCAGGAGAAAUUGGUCCGACUGGAAAGCCCGGAGCUGAUGGGUCACCUGGCGUUUCGGGUGCUCUAGGAAAGGAUGGUUCUCCAGGAUCAGAUGCUACUUACUGUCGUUGUCCUUCUGACAUAAGCGCUGCAGAAGGAACUGCGACAUUUGUAAGCGUGACUCCGGUUGGUGGAGGAGCUCAACUCGGAUAUGCCACGAUCAAGACAAUGAGCAAAACUUGA